AUGGCUAUCCCUAUGAAGGGCCUCGAGGCAGAAACCCUAGCCAAGGCUCGAGCAAGUCUUGAUGAAAAUGGAUUCUUUGUCGCCCCGGAUGUCCUUGACGAAAAAACUGUCAGUUUCGUACUUGAACGGCUCUGGGCUGCAGCCGAAGAGAACAAGAGGCGCGGCGCAGAGUUGUUCAUGCCAGCAUUGGACCCAAACAGUUCCAACGUUCGAGUCUUCUAUCUCAUGGAGUUAGACUCUAUUUUCCGAGAAUUGAUCCAGCACCCAGCGGCUCUCGAAGUUGCCAAAUUGGUCAUCGGACCCAAGCUACUCGUUUCCAAUUUUACUGCGAAUAUUGCAAAGCCUGGUUCCGGUUCGAUGGCCCUUCAUUCUGAUCAGUCUCUCGUCGUUCCCGAUCCGUGGGAGAAGCCUUGGGCUGUAAAUAUUAUUUGGUGCUUAUCUGAUGUGUAUUUUGAGAAUGGGGCGACCUUAUUCAUACCUGGCAGCCACAAGUGGAAGCGGAAGCUUGAGGUGCCGGACAACGCAAAUGAAAUGCUAAAGCCCUUUGUCGCAAAGGCUGGCUCGAUCAUCGCUAUGGACUCCCGCGUUUGGCAUACAUCGGGUGCGAACAUAACGAAAGAUCAAGAGCGUGCCCUCCUCUUUGGGUAUUACACUGCCCCUUUCUUACGCCAACAAGUGAACUGGACAGCAGCUUUUUCGCCAGAGACUAAAGAUUCUCUGAGCACCGAUAUGCGAGAACUCCUAGGGUUAAAUAUUACAGCUAAUUCAGGGUCUGCGUCCGACGUCGGCACUGGACUUGAAAAAUACGAGGCGAAGAAAAAUAUGUAA